UGGCAAACAAUGGCACUUAUAACGGUUUACUGGAGUUUGGACGUCAUAAUAAUUUUUCUAACUCUUAUGGCAACUACUUACCUUUAUAUGACGCGCAAUUUCAAAUACCGGAAAAAACGGGGUAUUUUGGAAAUGAAACCGACGCCUUUCUUCGGCAAUUUCAAGGAGUGUUUAUUUCUGAAGAAAGCACCGGCGUAUUUCCUAAAGGAUAUUUACGAUGAAACAAAGGGCGUACCGUACGCGGGUUUCUACGUAUUGGACAAACCCUUCCUGCUGGUUCGCGAUCAAGAACUCAUCAAGAAAAUUUUAGUGAAAGAUUUCAACUACUUCUCCGAGUGAUACAAUUCGGCGGAUCCUGCGGAUCGCAUGGGAUACGCGAAUCUCCUUUUUAUCAGAAAUCCAGCCUGGAAGACGAUAAGAACGAAACUAACGCCGUUCUUUACGUCUGGUAAAAUGAAGAAGAUGUUCGACUUGAUGAUAAUAUGCGUAAAGAAUUUAGAUGAAUAUCUCAAUUCACUACAGUUAGAGGGUGAGGGAAAGACAAUAGAAAUGAAAGAUUUAAGUGCCAGAUUUACCACGGAUAUAAUCGGCAGUACCGCUUACGGGCUCGACGUGAAUCCAUUCAAAAAUCCAGACGCAGAGUUCCGCAAAUAUGGCAAGAUGAUGUUUCAGUUUAAUACGAUUCGCGACUUGGAGAUGCUCGCGAUAUUUUUCCUUCCAACUGUAACUCGUUUGGCACAUUUAAAGAUGUUCGGCAAACAGCCUACGGACUUCCUGCGAAAAGUCUUUUAGACGCUCACUCAGCGCAUGAAAUCUGGCAUAAAGAGAAACGAUCUUAUCCACAUCCUUAUUGAACUUAAAAAUAGCAAUAAUAAGGAUCUACAAGAUUUCACGUUUGAUGGCGAUGAUCUUCUGGCACAACCAGCUAGUUUCUUCGCAACUGAUUUUGAAACCUCUUCAACAACUAUGGCUUUCACAUUAUAUGAACUCGCGGUGGAACCCAAAAUUCAGAAUACUCAAAAAGAAAUUCUCGAGGCUCUUGAUGAAACUAAUGGAAAAAUUACAUACGACUAGCAUCCGCUAUAUUUCCCAUAUUCAUAUUCUAUAAAU